AGAAGUGAGCUAUAAUAGCUGCGCUGAACUUCCAAACUCUGGAAGGACUGACUAGACAUUGGCUCAGCACUUGGAUAUCAACUGUUUGCAUUCAGAAACAGGUUAAAAUGGCAGCAGGAGUACCACGCAUGCAAAUGAAAAUUGAUCCACAGAAUCUGCAGAUUCAAACACGUACUGUGGAGAAGUUGCUGGAGCCCCUCAUAAUUCAGGUCACCACAUUAAUGAAUUGCCCUCAGAACCCUUCAAACAAGAAAAAAGGAUGUUCAAAAAGAGCCCGUGUUAUCCUUGCUUCUAUUGAAGAAGCCACCUGGAACUUGCUGGACAAAGGGGAGAAAAUUGCUAAGGAGGCCCCAGUGUUUGUGGAUGAACUGAAUGCUGCACUUCGUGAUGUUCGCAAAGAAAGUGAAGCUUUAAAGAUAUCAGCAAAAACUUUCACAGAUGAUCCCUGUUAUGUUCCUAAAAGGGAGGCAGUUGUCCAAGUAGCACGUACACUUCUGGCUGCUGUUACACGACUCCUUAUUCUGGCAGAUAUGAUUGAUGUCUCAUACUUGCUGCAACAUCUGACCACAGUUCAAAGAACUUUUGAGUCUCUUCGAAAGGUCUCUACCAGAUCUGAAAUGCAGAAAAUAUAUGAAAAUCUUCAAGGAGAAUUGAAAAAGCUGGACCAUUUGGCAUACAAGCGACAACAGGAUUUAAAAUCCAACAAUCAACGAGAUGACAUUGCAGCAGCACGUGCCUCUCUGAAGGAAAAUUUGCCUCUUCUCCAUUCAAUUUGUUCAGCUUGUUUGGAACAUUCAGACAUCAUGUCUCUUGCAGCCAGCAAAGACUCCAUUUGUAAUGAAAUACAGAAUGCUCUUGAUGUCAUUUCUAAUGCUUCUCAAGGAGGCGGAAACCAAAAGGUGCAGCUCAUACCACAGGCAGUGACUCUUGGAAGUGCCCUUGAUGAACUGGAGAAUGUGGUCACCUUGGAACCUCUUACUGUGAAUGAAGAAAAAAUAAGGCCAUCACUGGAAAAGCGCUUAGAAGGAAUUAUCAGUGGUGCUGCUUUGUUAGCAGAUUCUUCAUGCACACGUGAUAUUCACCGUGAGCGUAUCAUCACAGAGUGCAAUGCUAUUCGCCAGGCUCUCCAAGAUCUCCUUUCUGAAUACAUGAAUAAUGCUGAUAAAAAAGAAAGAAGCAAUGCCUUGAAUACUGCAAUAGAUAACAUGUGCAAGAAAACAAGAGACCUCCGCAGGCAGCUUCGCAAAGCCAUCAUUGAUCACAUCUCAGACUCCUUCCUGGACACAACUGUUCCACUUCUAGUACUCACCGAAGCAGCUAAAAAUGGAAGAGAGCAAGAAAUAAAGGAAUAUGCUACUAUUUUUAAAGAACACACAUGCAGACUGAUUGAGGUGGCUAAUCUUGCUUGUUCAGUAUCAACAAAUAAAGAAGGAAUUAAAAUUGCCCAAACAGCUGCCAGUCAGAUGGAGACUUUGUGCCCACAGGUAAUAAAUGCUGCUUUAGCUCUUGCAGCCCGGCCCCAAAGCCAAGUGGUGAAAAGCAACAUGGAGAUAUAUAAGAGCACAUGGGAGAAACACAUACGAGUGCUUACAGAAGCUGUGGAUGACAUUACAAGCAUUGAUGACUUUCUUGCGGUAUCAGAGAGUCAUAUCCUUGAGGAUGUCAACAAAUGCAUCAUCGCACUGAGAGAACAAGAUGCUGACAAUUUGGAUCGUACAGCUGGUGCCAUCCGAGGGCGUGCAGCAAGAGUGGCCCACAUUGUUUCUGGUGAGAUGGACAACUACGAGAUUGGUGCUUACACUGAAGGAGUGAUGAGAAACGUCCAAUAUCUUACAAAUGCUGUGAUUCCAGAGUUUAUUACACAAGUCAAUACAGUACUGGAAAAUUUAAGCAGAAAUACAGUUCACCUAUUUGAUGACAAUCAGUUUGUUGACAUCUGUAAGAAGGUCUAUGAUACAAUUCAUGAUAUUAGAUGUUCAGUUAUGAUGAUUCGGACACCAGAAGAACUAGAAGGCAUGUCUGAUCUUGAAGAUGACUAUGAUGCAUGCAGCCGCACCAGUAUUCAAACCGAAGGGAAAACAGAUAGGGCAAAAAUGACUCAGUUGCCAGAGGCUGAGAGAGAAAAGAUUGCCGAACAAGUGGCUGACUUUAAGAAAGUCAAGAGUAAGCUUGAUGCAGAGAUUGAGAUAUGGGAUGAUACCAGCAACGACAUCAUCGUUUUGGCUAAACGGAUGUGUGUGAUUAUGAUGGAGAUGACAGACUUCACAAGGGGUAGAGGGCCAUUGAAGAACACAUCGGAUGUGAUUAAUGCAGCAAGAAUGAUCUCAGAGUCAGGAUCAAGAAUGGAUAUGCUUGCAAGGCUCAUUUCUAACCAGUGUCCAGACCCAUCAUGUAAGCAGGACUUACUGGCUUAUCUGGAACAAGUCAAACUGUACUCCCACCAGCUCAAGAUUUGCAGCCAAGUCAAAGCUGAAAUACAGAAUUUAGGCGGAGAGCUCAUCGUGUCUGCACUGGACAGUGUGACUUCACUAAUUCAGGCUGGCAAAAACUUGAUGAAUGCUGUGGUGCAGACAGUGAAGAUGUCCUAUAUUGCCUCUUCGAAGAUUAUCAGAAUUCAAAGUUCUGCUGGCCCACGACACCCUGUGGUGAUGUGGCGGAUGAAGGUUCCAGAAAAGAAGCCUUUGAUUAAGAGAGAGAAGCCGGAGGAAAUCUAUGCUGCUGUCAGGAAAGGUUCAGCUAAGAAGAAAAUCCAUCCCAUUCAAAUCAUGAGUGAAUUUAGGGGAAGGGAAAUAAACUGAAAUUAUUAUUCUUUUCACUGCACUGGUUUCCUACACCAAGAGGCUGUUGAUUUAAUAUACGAGGAUCACCUCUUUAAUUCCCUAAGUACAACACUUUUGUGGUUCACAUUAUCUUACUUUGUAUGUUUUACAUUUACAAUGUGAUAGGGUGUUUCAUUUUGAUGUAGCGAAGCAAUCAGUUUUUCAAAUCACUUUUCAGUUAUUUCCUCCACAUCUUUUAAGAUUAUUUCUUUCAUAUGUUUUUCAUAUCGAUCACUCACUAUUUAUAUAUGAAUCUAAUAACGUAGAACACCGUGUUAGCAAAACACUGAAUCUGGUUGUUCUAAUGAUGGAACACAUUAUGCCGCAUUUAAUACUUAAUAGUAUUUGAUGUUCAAGGCAUUUUAUGUGUAUUAUUUCCCAGUAUUUCUCUAAAACACUAUCAUAUCAAUGUGUGGCAAUGUAAUACUGAGACACAGAGUAUCACUAAAAGAGUUCAUGGUUGUGGGACUUCAUUGUUCAUGCUCCCAUGCAUUGUAGUAUAGUAGUUUUCACAUAUGCACCUGCUACUAUAUAUUUAUCAAAUUAAUAUGACCAGAUUUUUGUACGUUACCAAUUCAUGGUCUAUGUAGAUCAAUAGGUGUUCUUUAAAUAUUAAGUAUCAUGACAAAGGUAAUGAUUGGAUUUGCUGAAAAUUUGGUACACAUGUUUCAGGAACAGAAGAAAACUGUGUCUGAGAAAUGUAUCUCCCCUUUUACUCCCCCCCCCCUUUGUU